GCCGGCACCUUGAGCCCGCCGGGAGUCCAUCGCAAACGUCGCGGCGCGGAAGAUGUCCAUCAAGAAUAAUUACGGCUCGCCCGCGACGCAAGAUGCGGAGGCGCGGCCACACGGCGACCAACCGACCGCGUUCAAAGUCUACCGCCGGCGAUGGGUCAUCCUUGCCAUCUUCAUAUUGUUCUCCAUGUGCAACACGUGGCAGUGGAUACAAUACGCAAUAGUUGGAAACUUGAUACAAAAAUACUACAAUGUUAGCAGCUACGCCGUCGAUUGGACUUCAGUGAUUUUUAUGUUGGCCUACAUUCCAUUUGUAUUUCCGGCAUCCGCCUUCAUCAAGCAGAAGGGCCUGCGGCUGUCGAUUGUGGUGGGCGCGGCUAUGAACGCUGCGGCGACGUGGCUGAAGGUGCUGGCGGUGGCGCCCGACCGCUUCUGGCUGCUGCUGCUAGCCCAGUCGAUUAGCGCCGUGGCGCAGGUCUUCGUGCUCUCCGUACCGUCCACCGUAGCUUUUGUCUGGUUCGGCGCGGAGGAGGUGUCCACAGCCUGCGCGCUCGGUGUCUUCGGCAACCAGCUUGGAGUAUCCAUUAGCUUCCUAGUGAACCCCCUCGUAGUACGGGAUCACGAGAGCGUGGAAGACAUUGGAUGGGACCUCAAAGUGGCAGCCUACGCCUUCGCUGGUGGAUGCACGUUAGUGUUCCUGCUUGCUCUUGCAUUUUUCCAGGACAAGCCGAAGACGCCGCCCAGCGCGGCCAUGGCGGCGCGGGAGGAAGUGCCUGCGGGGGAGGAGGGCCCCGAUCUGAGCACGAUGGCCGUUGUUCGCCGCCUGAUGCGCUCUGUGCCCUUCCUGCUCGUCGUGCUCUCCUUCAGCCUCGUCCUACUCGCCUUCAACGCCAUCGCCACGCUACUCAACCCGCUCAUCCUCAAGUACUUUCCGGGCGGAGAGGCAUUUGCUGGACGCGUUGGACUGCUUUUCGUAGUCUCAGGAACUGUUGGUGGGGUCAUCAGCGGAUAUAUUUUGGAUAAAACACACAAAUUCAAGGAAACCGCUGUGGUUAUGGUUGUAGCCAUCUUCGUGAGCAUGCUGGUCUUCACAUUCACGCUGCCCCUAAGAAACCAGGCUCUCGUCUAUGCCGUCCUUUGGUUCAUGGGGAUGAGUGCUGGCGGCUACUUCCCGGUGAGUAUGGAGUUUGUGGCCGAGCUGACGUACCCGGAGCCCGAGAGCACUGCAGAGGCCUUUCUCAUGGCGGUGAUGAUGGGCACCAGCUCCGUUGGCACUGUGCUCUACGGCUGGAUGGUCAACGUCACAGGCGACCUGUGGGCAAACGUGAUGCUGAACGUGAUCAUGUUCUCCGCCAUCGUCGUCACCGCCUUGAUUAAACCUGACCUGCGCCGCUUCAAGAUGUCGCUGGCAACCAACGCUCCCGAGGCGGUGCACAUGCUGGCGACCGUGGGUGACUCCCGCAAGAACAGCGUCAAAAGUGACGCCCAUCACUGACACCUGCCACGUGGGGACACCUGGCGGUGCAAUAGCAGAUGGUCUUUGUCGCAGGCAGCUCGCGAGAAGAAUAGAAAUGAUGGAAGCUAACGUUGGCGCCGAAUGAAGUCAAUUUAUAUUGCGUGCACUGCACCCGAAGACUUUAUAAUGUUGGGGCCUACAGAGUGACACAUAUGUGAAGAGAACGUUUUGCCCAUUUCUGGCUCAGAUUUUAAAUGGCACCUGCAGGCGGGUGUCUGAAUACGUGUGUUACUAGACACAACAGGAGUUCGCAACAGAUUCGUGUCUAUACGAUGUGAAUCUGCACUGUUUACUUGGUGACGUGACAUUUCGAUUUAACCUUAAUUUCGAUGUACUAACUGUACAUCUGUACAUACUGUAUCUAGUACUGCCUCCUCUUCUGUUGCAAUCGACACAAAAAUAAAUAAUGCUGUUUUAUUUACAAGAGAAGACAAAUUAU